UCUCAGCCCAUCAUCGCCAUCAUCCUCGGAUCGACUUCCCGCGGGUAUCGCUGGGAUUCGCUCGAGGAGUCGCCGCUGGUGAUGGUGCUGCUUUCCUCGCUGCUGCGGACGCUGGAGCAAGGCUUCGAGUACCGGAUGUACGUCGGGUUUGACGCAGGCGACUUGUUCUACGAUGAUGAAAAGAGGAGGGAGGAGCUGACGCAGUGGUUCGAGAAGCACGUCUCCUCCCCCGCCAAGGACAAGGGCAUCACCGCCCGAUUCGCCUCCGUCCGUUUCCUCAACGUCCUGCGCAAGCCCGGACCCAUCUUCAACUUCCUCGCGGCCGCAGCGUUCGAGGACGGGGCUGACUUCGUCUACCGCAUCAACGACGACACCGAGUUCCGCACCCUGUGGGCCGGGGCCUUCGUGUCCUCGCUCGCUGCCUUCGACCCUCCGUUCCUCGGAGUUGUCGGGCCGACGUGCGAGGACGGGAACAGGAAGAUCCUAACGCACGACUUCGUUCACAGGACGCACUCGUACAUCUUUCAGACCUACUACCCCGUCGUCCUCUCCGACUGGUGGAUGGACGACUGGAUCUCCAAGGUCUACCCCCGCAGCAACACCGGCAGGCACGCCAUGGUAGUGGUGACCCAUCACACGUGGAUGACCGGGGGGGGCAACCCGGUGAGGUACCAGGUGGACUACUCG